GGGCGCGGCGGGGCCGAGGGGCGGGGUCCCUGUAAGGCCCCUUCUCUCCCUCGCUGGGCCUCUUAUAAAAGUCUGAGCCCCGCCCGGCUGAGGCCCGCUGGCAGACUCCACAGCAACCAGCACCAUGCCUAUGAUACUGGGAUACUGGGACAUCCGCGGGCUGGCCCACGCCAUCCGCCUGCUCCUGGAAUACACAGACUCAAGUUACGAGGAAAAGAUGUACACAAUGGGGGACGCUCCUGACUAUGACAGAAGCCAGUGGCUGAAGGAAAAAUUCAAGCUGGGCCUGGACUUUCCCAAUCUGCCUUACUUGAUUGAUGGGGCUCACAAGAUCACCCAGAGCAACGCCAUCCUGCGCUACAUUGCCCGCAAACACAACCUGUGUGGGGAGACAGAAGAGGAGAAGAUUUGGGAAGACAUUUUGGAGAACCAGCUUAUGGACAACCGCAUGCAGCUGGCCAGACUCUGCUAUGAUCCAGAUUUUGAGAGACUAAAGCUAGAAUACCUGGAGGGACUUCCUGAAAUGCUGAAGCUCUACUCACAGUUUCUGGGGAAGCGGCCCUGGUUUCUUGGGGACAAGAUCACCUUUGUGGAUUUCAUUGCUUAUGAUGUCCUUGAGAGAAACCAAGUAUUUGAGCCCACCUGCUUGGACGCCUUCCCAAACCUGAAGGACUUCAUCUCCCGAUUUGAGGGCUUGGAGAAGAUCUCUGCCUACAUGAAGUCCAGCCGCUUCCUCCCAAGACCUGUGUUCACGAAGAUGGCUGUCUGGGGCAACAAGUAGUGCCUUGAAGGCCAGGCGGUGGGCCUACCUGAUCCCUGCCUACCUGAUCCCUGCCUACCACCUGAUCCUAGUAGAGCCUCAACCACAUUUUCUGUGUGUCUUCUCUUAUUUGCUCCUAGAAUCUGUUUCCUUUUCCCACUCCCCAUCAAGAGAUCUGCUUGCUCACCUAGUUCCCGUUAGCUCUGGUUCUGGUCCAGGCUCAGUGGCCUUGGGGUUAUGUAAGAGGUAGUGGGAGGGAAGGGGUGGAGGAGCACUGAGGGCUAUGGCCUGCAAUGUGCCAGGGCCUCAACCACAUUUUCUGUGUGUCUUCUCUUAUUUGCGCCCCAGAGUGUCUGUCACUGCUUCUUCCAAGGGACUGGGUGGUAACCCUGACAGUGGCUGGGUUGGAAAGGAUUCGGCUGGGUGUAGUAAGGCACUUGACAAUUCUUGCUCUCAUUUCUGACAGACUCAGUGAGGCACUAUGGAAAGGGGAGUCUAUUUCUGGCCCUGAACCUAACAUUCAUUCCUCCAGCCUUACUGAGUGCUUUCCGUAAUCAUGCAGAGCUUGUGUUUCACUGAACAGGGAUCUUAAGGGGGUAUAAUCCCCAUCAGAAAGAGCCAGGGUCCCUUUUGCCUUCUCCACUCCAUGCCUGCAUCACUUCUGCUUGGUCUCCAGGACCUAGUCUCUAUUGUUUCCUCAGAUGGCUUCAUCAGGACGUUCUCUCUGGGUUUACUUCCUCACUUUCUUGGGUACCUGCAAGAGAAAUGUCUUCAGUCCUUGCAUAACUGAAAGUGUCUUUACAUGCUUGCUUAAUACUUUGGCUGGUGUUUUAGUCUGUUCUCAUGCUGGUAAUAAAGACGUACCGGAGACCAGGUAUUUAUAAAUGAAA